AAUCAAUCAAGAGUGUUUUACUUGAGUUUGACUUCGGAUUUCUAAGUUCUUGGUUUUCCUCAAAGGAAGAAGAAAAAGAGGUUUCACUCAAAAAAAAAGAGGUCAAAUUCUCAAAGAAAAAAAAAAGAGAGGUCAAAUCAUGGAUGCUUCUUUAGCUCCAGUUUCUGAGAUUAUCAAGCUGCUGAAAGAGGUCAAGAAAGUCAUGAGUGAUUUCCCACUCGUGUUCAAGAGAUUGGCCUCGACGUUGGAGAGAAUAGUUCCGAUUAUUACCGAGAUCGUGAAGUUGCAAAAAAGAUUGAACCCGAGCAGUAAAGACCUAAAGUUUCUUACUGAAACCACUCGAAGAGCUAAACAAGUGGUCCGCGAGUGCCCACUCAUCCGGGGAUACGAUAUACCCAAGAAAAAACGGGACUCUCUUUCACGAAGAAGCCAAGAGGCAACUACCGGCAUUUCCACUGGAAAAAGCUCAUUCGAUGAAGAUGAACAAAGAAAUAUCUUGGAGAGUAUCAUGGAUAAUGUGAAAGAUAAAAAUAAACAGCGAGUUAUUUUGGAGAGUGUCAAAGAUAAUGUACAAGAUGAAGAUGAACAACGGGUUAUUCUGGAGAGUAUCAAAGAUAAUGUGAAAGGUAAAAAUAAACAGCUGGGUAUUUUGGAGAGUUUCAAAGAUAAUGUGCAAGAUGAAGAUGAACAGCAGGUUAUUUUGGAGAGUAUCAAAGAUCAUGUGAAAGGUAAAAAUAAACAGCUGGUUAUUUUGGAGAAUUUCAAAGAUAACGUGCAAGAUGAAGAUGAACAGCAGGUUAUUUUGGAGAGUAUCAAAGAUCAUGUGAAAGGUAAAAAUAAAAAGCAGGUUAUUUUGAGGAGUGUCAAAGAUAAUGUACAAGAUGAAGAUGAACAGCAUGUUAUUUUGGAGAGUAUCAAAGAUCAUGUGAAAGGUAAAAAUAAACAGCUAGUUAUCUUGGAGAGUUUCAAAGAUAAUGGAAGAAGAAAGCAAAAGAUUGAUUCUCCUUUUUUGGUAUAUGAUGGAAGGUUAACUAAUGAUUCAACUUCCUUCACUACAACUCUGGCGGAUGAAGAUGAAGAUGAACAACAGGCUAUUCUGGAGAGUAUCAAAAAAAAAUGAGGCAUGAUGAGCUUAUAUUCUCUUAGCAAUCAAGAACCGGUAACCCAAACCAAACUAUAAUCAAGAAUUAAGACUAAGUCAAUUCACUAUCGUUUUGUUUGAUUUUCAAUUCUGCAAAUAACAGAGUGGUGUUAUAUGCUCCUAUUGUUUAGGACCAACCACACCACGUUUCCUUAUUUUCAUGUUGUCUUUCCAUAUUUUCAUGUUCUAUGUUUGUAGGAGUUGAAAACUCCAUUUCAUUAUAAACUGGAAAGUUGUGUGUUCUUCUUUUCCUUCAUCUCACGCCGGAUCACACACUCAUUAACAAUAACUAGGUAUAAAAAGGAGUUAUUCUUGAUGAAACUCUAGAUUAGUCUAUUUACUAAAUUUUAAUUAUUCAUUAAUCAUAUCAUCUCUAU